CGCGAGCGUGCUUUUGGAUGUUACGUUACGUAAUCAACGAUCAAAGGUGUGCUCUCUCUAGAAGCAAAGCAUCCAUUAAACAUCAAGAAUCAUCAUACGUUCGGAAAGUGUGUUGAAAUCAAGAGAAAUGGCCAGUGAUGAACCGGCUGCCAAGCGAAGGAAGCAGGAAGUGACGGGUCCAAACAAAAGCGAGCUAGACGAUAUCGUGAAAACUUACAAAGACAAACGCAUGUCUGUUUGUAAUUCUGUUACCGAUUUUAAAUUUAACAAAAAGAGGGUCCGUAUGCUGUCAAAGGAAGGUAGUAUUUCUGGGGAUCAGUGUGGCGGAGUGGUCUAUUGGAUGUGGAGAGACCAACGUGUUCAAGACAACUGGGCUUUGCUAUAUGCCCAGCGUCUUGCUCUAAAGCAGCAGGCUUCAUUGCAUGUGUGUUUCUGCCUACCUUCAAAUUUCUUAGACGCCACUCUACGGCAGUACAACUUCAUGAUAAAGGGGCUACAAGAAGUUGAAAAGGAGUUGAAGGAACUUGAAAUCAGUUUUCAUCUUCUUCUUGGGGAUCCAGGCAAAGUACUGCCUGAGUUUGUAAAAAGUGCUGGUAUUGGUGGAAUUGUUGUUGACUUUUGUCCCCUCCGCCUGCCGACACAAUGGGUGAAUGAUGUUGUAAAAGCUGUGCCUAAGGAUGUUCCAGUCUGCCAGGUUGACGCACAUAAUAUUGUUCCUUGUUGGCAUGCUUCACCUAAACUAGAAUAUGGAGCGAGAACUAUAAGACCCAAGAUACACAAGGUGUUGACAGAAUUUUUGACAGAAUUUCCCCCAGUCAUUAAGCACUCUCAUGUCUCUGGUGAAAAGACUAAGACAACAGAUUGGGAUGCAGUGGAUACCUUCAUUGAGGUUGAUCGAUCAGUGGGCGAGGUAGAUUGGGCAAAACCAGGCACAGCAGAGGGUCUCUUUAUGUUGGAGUCUUUCUGCAAAGACCGAUUAAAAUACUUCCACUCCUCACGGAAUGACCCAACUAAACGUGCUUUAAGCAAUCUCUCGCCAUGGUUCCACACAGGUCAGAUAAGUCCUCAGCGAGCUAUUCUUAGAGUUCGUGACUUCAGAAGCAAGUUUCGAGAGUCUGUUGAAAGUUUCAUUGAAGAAUGUAUCAUCCGACGUGAACUCUCUGACAAUUUUUGCUACUAUAACAACGAAAAAUAUGACAGUAUUGAAGGAACAAAUGAAUGGGCGCGGAAAACUCUUAAUGAUCACGCAAAGGACAAACGUGAAUAUCUGUACGCGCGAGGAAAGCUGGAAAAAGCCCAAACGCACGAUGACCUUUGGAAUGCUGCACAGCGACAGCUUGUACGUGAAGGCAAGCUUCACGGUUUUCUACGUAUGUACUGGGCAAAGAAGAUUCUCGAAUGGACCGACUCGCCCGAAACGGCUCUAAGUGACGCGAUCUACUUUAACGAUAAAUAUGCACUCGAUGGAAUCGACCCCAAUGGUUACGUAGGUUGUAUGUGGUCGGUUUGUGGUAUUCAUGACCAAGGAUGGGCCGAGAGACCAGUUUUCGGAAAAAUCAGAUACAUGAACUACAAGGGCUGCCAGAGGAAAUUUGCUGUGGCGGAAUUUGUCAAGCGGUACAAGCCAUGAACUACAAGCUAUGCCAGGGGAAAAUUGCUGUGGCGGUUGUGUCCAGCGUGAUACCAGCCGUGAGUUAGGACUUAUUUGUGGGUUCAUGCUUGCAGACGUACGAAGCCCCCAUUGGGUCGCUACGACUACGCCUUCAAGAUCAAACGGUCCCAUCUAAAGAGGACUCUGUCGGUUAAAUAUGAGUUGUUGCACAUGUAUACACAACACAUACCCAUUUGCAUUUGCAAAUGCUUUUUUGUCGUUCUUUGAAAUGCAUUUACACUUUGUGAACAGUUCAGACUUUGAAUUAUCACAACAGUAUUUUCCCAACGUAGAAAACACUGAUGAUGAAUUGGAGUAUAGAUAGUCAUCUUAGAAAGCCCUAUUUUGUUGUUCGUUUAGCGGAUCCAGUUUCCUCCUGGGUUAAUUUUUGUCCUGAUCUUUGAUUUCUUUUUUCUGAUCUAUCAGUUUUGCACGUUAGCAAUUUGCUCGUUAACCUAAGAUUUCAUGAAUAAAUUUUAUCCGUAAAAAUGGUAGAAACCUACAUUAAGCUGUCACUUGUCAAGGCCCCGAAGUUGGUCCCUUUUUUACCGUACUACUUUAUGUAAUAGGUACCGUACUAUUAUAUGUAAUAGGUACCGUACUACGAUAUGUAAUAGGUACCGUACUACUAUAUUCUGUGAUAGUCGGGUUCAAGAUCAAAAUCAUUUUUUAACCCAAGAACUCAAACAAACAAUGUUAUACAUUUUAUAUGCUAUAUACAGCACAAUUGUCUCACUUCAAUAAAAUAUGAUACAAAUGAUA